AUGAGUACAGAGGACAUCCAGACGGAGGCGUACCAGCGAGAGUUGGAAGUUAUGCGCACCGCACCUUGCCAUCCUUUGACGCCCGGUUUCAGCACAAACUAUGGCUAUGUUCCCUCCUUCGCCGCCGGUGUAGCCCUCAGCGUUCUCUUUUCCAUACCCCUCUUCUAUCAUACCUUCCAAUCCAUCCGCCUUCGUGCGACCGUGUCCAUUCUGCUCGCCAUAGGAGCCUUAAGCUGGGUCUCCCGUGCCUACGCCGGAAAAUGCCCAUACAACGCCGACGCCUUUAUGUCGCAGAUAGUCACCCUCAUUAUAGCCCCUGUCUUCUUCGCCUCUGCCAUUUACGUCCUCCUUGGCAAGCUGAUUAUCAAUCUUGGCCCUUCAUCGUCAUCGAUCUCUCCUAAAUGGUACAUUAUUGUAUUUUGUACUUGCGACGUUCUUGCUCUUAUUAUCCAGGCCAUCGGGGGAGCCAUGGCCAGCAUAGCAGAUACGGACGAGGAUAUGUCUAUGGGCUCGCAAAUUAUGUUGGGUGGCAUUGCGGUCCAACUGUUCACCAUGACGCUAUUCGGUGGGUUUCUGGGGGACUUUUUCUGGAGAGUCUUCAGCCAUGUGCGUGGCAGUGUCAUUUAUGGGAUGAAGCUAGUGUUUGUGUCACUCACUAUUAGCUUCGUGAUGGUAUAUAUUCGAAGCGUUUAUCGGGUUAUCGAGCUUGCUCAGGGCUGGAACGGCUAUUUCCUCACGCACGAAGUCUACUUCAUUGCGCUGGACGCCGUCGUGAUGGUAAUUGCGGUAGCGAUCUUUGUACCCUUGGAUCCGGCAGUCAUUUUGGGCCGUGAGGGACUGCCUGGCUUUUCGAAGAAGAUGCGAGAGAAGAGGUCGGUAAGCAAUGGCGAGGUGCCCGGUGAAUAG